AUGCAAACUUAUUUGCCUGGAUUUGUAUACAAGUUGAAAACCAGUCCAAUUACAGACGGGGACGACGUCCUACAAAACCAACAACACUUUCGAAGGGUGUUCUGGACAUUCAAACCAUGCAUUGAUGGCUUCUCAUUUUGCAAACCAAUAGUGCAAGUCGAUGGGACCUUCCUUUACGGAAGGUAUAGGGUCACCCUUCUAGUAGCUGUUGCACAAGAUGGGAGAAAUAACAUUUUCCCCAUCGCAUUUGCUAUAGUAGAGGGUGAAACCGCUGAAGCUUGGUUUUUUUUCCUUAAAAACCUAAGGACACACGUUACGCCUCAACAAAAUUUAUGCUUAAUGCCAGACCGCCACAAUUCCAUCAGUGCAGCAUUCAACAGACCGAGUAGUGGCUGGACUCAAGGGAACUGUGUGCAAGUGUUUUGUAUUCGACACAUUGCACAAAAUUUUACAAAAAGAUUCAAGAAUACAACUCUAAAAAAGGACCUCAUCAACAUGGCGUACGCAUUGACGGAGCCACGCUGUAACUACUACUACAACAUCAUUAGAGAAGACAACUCAGAAGCAGCAGCUUGGGUUGACCAAAUUCCAAGGGAACAAUGGUGUCUUGCAUAUGAUCAAGGAAGAAGGUGGGGUCACCUAACAACAAAUUUGGCUGAAGCAAUAAAUUAUGUCUUGAAGAAGACAAGAAAUUUACCAAUUUCAUCCAUAGUAUUGGCCACGUACACCAGGUGCAACACAUACUUUACCAAAAGAGGUAGACAAAUAACUACAAUGCUCAGUGCUGGUCAUGUGUAUUCUGAAUAUGCGACGAACUUCCUACAAGAUGCGGACUCCAAGUCCAACACGCACCAUGUCCUUGAAUUUGAUAGAAAUACCACAAGAUUUAGAGUGGAGGAGAUGGUCAAUCCCAGAGAGGUUCGUCCGGUAGGAAAAUUUGUAGUCAGGCUAGCAGACCAACCUGCAUGGACUGCGGACCAACCCGCAUGGGCUGCGGACUGCGGACCAACCCGCGCGGGCUACGGACCAGCCCGCGUGGUUGCUGGCCGAUGUGGGUCGGGCCAAUGCGGGUCUCAAGCUCACUAUCCUAGUUCGCCCCGUGUUAUUUUUGUUGGUUUGCGGGUUGGUCCAACGAGCCAUACCCAUAUGGCCACCUCUAUUGAAAAUAUAUUGUAUUGA